AGCACGCGGUCGAUCAUCACGCCGCAGAAACUGUUUUCUGUGCGAAGGAAACGUCUCCGGAAGUCGAACCAUGAACAGACGAAAACUGAGUCUCAGAUGGUUUGGGAGCCUGACUAAUCUGUCCACCCGCCGCCCGACAGAGAAGACCAACGUCAAAGCGGCCCCAGAGCAUCAUGGGAGCCUCGGUGAAGCCAAGCAAUCGGUGGACGACAUGGACGCCUGCCUCCGAAGCCCCGGGUACGCCCACUCCAGCCAGAUGUACACACACGUGGGCACGGUGCCACGCAGCCAGUCCCAGAAGAAGAGCAGCAGGGGGCUGAAGAAGAAGAAGAAGAAGAAAGAGGAGGAGGAGGAGAAAGAGGAGGAGGAGGAGCGGAGCCGGCGGAGGGCGGGGGAGCACGUCCGAGACUCCCCUCUGCUCAGUGCCCUGUCCAGCCUCCGUCUGACCAGUCUGGACCGGACUCUCCCUGGUGCUGCACCGGCCAGGCCUCCGCCCACCAACACCACCACCACCCCACCCGGCCCCGCUUCACCUCUGACCUCGGCACACGGAAGCCCCUUCGAUGAUCCUCCCGCGGACCCCUUCAAGAGGAGCGGGGGGGCUUUAGAAAGAGAGCCUGUCAACAUGGCGACCAGCGGCCCCCGAGCGGCGUCCUCGCAGGACCUCUACGUGCCGAUGGACCCGAUAGCCGAAGCAGCUCGCCGCCAAACGCAGGAAACCACGAAGGCUGUGAGCGGCUGCCAGGAGGCGGAACCCGAGGACAGUCAGCAGGACGUGACGGACAGCACUGGAGAAUAUGUGAAGUUCUCCAAAGAACAGUUCUGGAUAGAGUCGCCGUCAGAUAAACUGAGCAAGCAGCUGGAGGAGGAGCUGAAGCUGAGCAGCAGCAACCUGAAGAGUCACGCCUGGUACCACGGACGGGUCCCCUGGAAGGUGUCUGAGAGCCUGGUGUUGAACCACGGCGACUUCCUGAUCAGAGACUCUCAGGCCAGUCUGGGCGACUUCGUCCUCACCGUCCGCUGGGAGCAGAAGACCCUUCACUUCGUUGUCACAACGACAGCGGCCGUCCGGUCCUCGGAGACGGACCCUCGGGUCCGGUACGGUCUCGAGGCCGAGGCCUUUGACUCCCUGCCGGACCUGGUCCGCUUCUUCGUGGGCAGCGGGGCGGCUCUGAGCCGGUGGAGCGCAGCUCGGAUCCUUCGGCCCGUGAACAGGACGCUGCCGCUGGGAUACCUGGAGACGGCGUUCGGCGUCGCCGUCAGCCCGCCGUCCUGCCGCAGGGGGCUGAAGGACGGGAGCGAGGAGGAGGUCUGUCCCAGGAGUCCUUCCUCUCUCCACCAGAGGGAGCCGGAUGUCAACACUGAGCUGUCUGCUGGAGAAUCCUCUCUCUCUGCUCUGCACAACACCGGCGCGUCUCCGAGCGGCACCCUGCGGCGCCGUGGUCCGAGCCGGGAGGCCCCGCCCCCCGAUGACCCGGGGAGCUGCUACACGGAGCUGCAGCCCGGCCCCCGGAGCUACGUGGGCAGGCUGCGGGCAGAGGACGGGUCGGCGAGGGUGGAGGGUGGCAGCGCGUACCAAUCGCCGGUGGUGGAGACGGCCUCCUCCUUCACGCCGAGCAGGUACCGCUCGCCGCUGAUGCCCGCGGACAACCGGCCUCUGGAGGUGGGGGUCCUGCGGCGGGUUAAGGAGCUGCUGGCCGAGGUCGACCCCCGCACGGCGGCCAGGCACAUCACCAAGGCUGACUGCAGGGUGGCCAGAAUUCUUGAGGUGACUCCGGAGGCGCAAAGGAUGAUGGGAGUUAGUUCAGGGAUGGAGCUGCUCACGCUGCCACACGGCCAGCAGCUGCGACUGGACCUGCUGGAGAGGUUCCACACCAUGGCGACCACGCUGGCGGUGGACGUGUUGGGCUGCACGGGGACGACUGAGGAGAGGGCCGGCCUGCUGCACAAAAUCAUACAAAUCGCGGCGGAGCUGAAGGGGACCACGGGCGACUUGUUCGGCUUCGCCGCCGUCAUGAGGGCGCUGGAGCUGCCGCAGGUGUGCCGUCUGGAGCAGACCUGGACGGCGCUGCGGCAGCGCCACACCGAGGGCGCCAUCCUCUACGAGAAGACGCUGAGGCCCUUCAUGAAGAGCCUGAACGACGGCAUGGAGAGCUGCCCGCUGGCCGGCACCACCUUCCCCCACGUCCUGCCCCUCCUGGGCCUGCUGGAGAAGGGCGCGGCGGUGGGCGAGGGGGCGGAGCCAUGGGAGACGGCGGAGGUCGGGGUGGACGUGGUCAUGUUCCACCUGGGGGCGGCCAGGACCAUCGCUCAGCUGGGGGGCGUCUACCGCUCCAACGCCGAGAGCAAACUCCAAGGUUUCCAGGAGCAGCCGGAGGUCCUGGAGCUCUUCCUGACCGACUUCCAGAUGAGGCUGCUGUGGGGGAGCAGGGGAGCCGAGGAGAGCCGGGCUCUGCGACACGCCAAGUUCGACCAGGUUCUGACCGCCUUGUCCAACCGGCUGGAGCCGCCGCUGCGAUCACGCUGACCCCCGACCUCUCUCGGGUGUCUCUGUCCCGGUGGGCGGACCCCAGAAGCCUCGGAGUUCGCGGUGUGCACGUUUGAUUUGGCGGUUUGUUUCCUCACAAACUGGCUGUGACGUCGUUCUCCAUCCUCCCGUUGUCCUGAGGACUUUAACGCCUGGUCUCACCUCCACCAAGACGCCAUCCACCCAACAGCGGAUGACCUCUGUGCACGUGUGCAGCACUGUGCCCGGUUCUGCUGCUUUUGUUCUGUGGAAACAAAACAGAAGGUUGUUUUUUUGUGAGAUGAGGCUGAGCCUCCGUGUGUCUGAAGGCCGGACCUUCGUACGUCGUACUGUACAACAAAAUAACAGAGGAUCUCCAUCACGUGUGUUUAGGGAUUCCUCGUGUGAAUAAAGUGGUGCUGAUUCUGUCAUCAGGUCAGAACUUUAGUCUGAUUCCAGUGCUUGCUACACAGAUAUUAACCUCACUGUCGAGCCGACACUGUCAGUUACAUUAAUAAUUUAUUGACUCCCAGCUUUCACUAAAACUGAUUCAUUCAUAACAUUUUUUUGGAAUUAUUUAAAGAAAAUUGAAUGGUUGUUUAGGUCGUCUGAGCCUUGGUACUAAAACGCUUGAGGAACAUCACGACAACCUCAAACACAAAGACUACAGACUUGUUUGCUCUUAAUUAAAAGACAUCUUUCUAAAGCCUUUGUCUUGCAGUGAUUGAAAAGUUGUAUCCCCUCUAAGAUUAUGUAUCUUUAAUGGAUAAAUAAAUAAAACAAAAGCAUGCAAAAAUC